GACAUUUCUAACCGAAUGUUACCGCCAAAAAUACGUGUCCAUAUUCAAAUAAGACAAGAUGACGCCCUCCUCCUAUUUAGCCAGCACUCUCCACAGAGCACUACCUUCCAUUUAUCUUGCGACGACGAGCCUCUUCAAGCACCAGCUCUUCGCACUCGACACAGAAUCAUGUCCGACGAAGGAAAACUUUUCGUCGGUGGCCUGAGCUUCGACACCACAGAGGAGUCUCUGGCGGAAGCUUUCGCCAAGUAUGGAAACAUCGCAAAAGUUGAUGUCAUCAGGGACAAAGAAACGGGAAGGUCUCGUGGAUUCGGCUUCGUAAAGUACGAUAAUGCCGAGGAUGCGAAGGACGCAUUGGAGGGAAUGAACGGCAAGUCUGUCGAUGGCAGAACCAUUCGUGUGGAUGAAGCCGGCAAGGGUGGUGGUCGCUCAGGAGGUGGAGGUGGCGGUGGAUUCAGAGGUUCCAGAGGCGGUGGCGGAUAUGGUGGUGGAGGUGGCUAUGGAGGGGGGAGAGGAAGAGGUGGGCGAGUUUACUCGCGAGGUAUGGGCAGGCAAUCUGCAAGAUGGUGUGCUCCCCAUCAUCCAUUAGCGUUUUGUCUUGCCCUCCCUCUUAGCCGUAGUUACAUUUCAGUGCGGGUUUGCUUUAGCCGUGAGUUUGCUUUAGCCAUGAGUUUGUUUUUGAAGUCUUGCGGUGUUUGUUCCCAGGUGGUGGAGGAUAUGGUGGCGGUGACAGGGGAUAUGGUGAGAGGAGCUAUGGUGGUGGUGGAGGAGACCGCAGCUAUGGGGGUGGAGACCGCAGCUACGGGGGUGGCGGUGGAUACAGGAGCGGCGGUGGCGGAGGGUACUCUUCUGGUGGCGGAGGAUACAGAGACAAUAGUUAGGGGCCAGGGAGGCUACGGGGACCGCUCUGGGGGUUCCUAUAGAGACAGCUACGACAGUUAAGCUGCACACGAGUAAAAAUCCACCCCUGAUUCAAGAUCAUCCCUUGGCUGGCUGUAUUUAAAAAGCUCCUCAAGAAUUUGUCCACAUGUUGACCUGAUUUUUGUAGUCCUAUUCUGUGUUUAAGUAGCUCGAGCGUCUUUAAAUUUAGCCAUGAGUUUUGGCCAUUAAUUUACAAACCAUGUUUAAAAAGUUAAUGAUCUCUAUAAAGGAUGCAUCUCAAUUUGCUCUUAUGGCAUUUAGUUCAAUUGAUAAAGCAUAAUGUCUGACUUGUUGGUGCUGUAAAAACCAAAACGUUGCUUCACAUGGCUGUUUGUAUAUAAACGCCCACUGUUCUUUACAUUCUACUCCCUGUCCCUAUCAGCACUGACAUCUCCACUUAAAUCCUUGAUAUUAGUAUUGUGGAUAUCAACGAGGCUUGUUUACCUUCCUGUUUUUGUUUUAAACGACAAUGUCCAACCUACCUCCUGCCAAGUUUUAAACUGAGCGAGAAAUAAAAUGAUUCCUUUGACAACCUUUAUCUAUACAAUUGAGGUUCUUAAAAUAGCUGAGGGUCCUGUAUGUUCAGUUUCCAAAAAGAGUGAAUUCCUUUCAGACUGGUAAAACUGUUCAUGAAGUUGCAAAUUGCAGCAUGCUACAGUCUGCUCACGGUAUUUUGUUAUUUUGCUCUGCUCAAUGCCUGCAUUUUAAAUGUGCUUGUUAUAAUGGACUGAACACAAAGAUCAACAUCAAUGUUACUGCUCUUCUUGCCCAAUAGUAUUCCACCUGGGAACGAUUUUGUACUUUCUGUUCUUUGUAUCAUCAACAUUGAAGAUUAUUUUGUCAAUUUUGGCUUCAUGGAGCCUAUUAAAACGAUUUGUUGAAAAUA